AUAUCAUUUCUACAAAUUGACCUUUCUUCAUUUCACGAAUACAACAGAAAGCAUAAUUUCACAAAAAGAAAACGUACAAAUUUUGUUGUCCAAAGAAAAUUUGCCUUUUUAUACACACACAGCUAUAAAGGAAUGGCUGAAGAAAUGCAGAAAAUAACUGGGGAAAUGCAGGAAAUUCUACUGGAUGAAGGAAGUAGAAGAGAAUCGUAUAGGGAGAGAAUUAAAAGAUUUCCAAAUGUAAUGGAAGAAAGUUUUGAGAAAGCCGAAGAAGGUUGGUCGUCUUUCUACAAAAAAGUAGAAAGUACGUUGAAUAAUGAUAUCUUAUUUGGUUUAGAAGAUGAGAUUCGUCAAAAGAACGUCCUAGUAUAUAUUCUGUGGCAGAUGAACGAUAAAUUUUCAGCUGAAAAAUUAGCCAAUGAAGUUCGAGAAAAGAAGCCAGAUAACCUGGUGGCAUUAACCAACCUUGCAUUCAUUCAUUUGUACGAUGGAAAUAUCCCUGAGGUAAGAAACCUUUUGGAUAAUCUAAGCAAGCUUGAAGAAAGAGAAAAUUUCUCGCUGAUAGAAGCAGAAGGCAAAAGAAAUGUUGCUUAUUGUUUAGCUACUAUAUCUUUUGAAGAUCAUGAAAGAGCUGUCGAACUUUACAAAGAGUCUCUCAACGUUUGUCCAGACAUUAUCUGUGUAUGUUUUCUAUUGCUUUGUUGCAAUAUCGUUGUUUAA